AUGGCUAGGGUGGCCAGGGCCUACGCGGCUGCAGUGCACAAGACGAGGGUCGGCAUCCUCGUGUUCUGGCUGCUGGCACUGGGCGUCUCGGCUUGGCUCGGCCCACGGCUGAUCACCUCGACCACCAACACCUUUACCCCGCCGGCCAAGUCGCAGGCAGCACAUGCCAACAAGGCGCUCGCAGGCCACUUUCCACGGCUCAACCCCAUGGACUCUUCGUUUGUGGUCUACGUCUAUGCCGACAGCGGGAGCGUGUCGGCCCUCGACCCGGCCAUCGCCGCCUUUGACGCCGCCCUCGCCUCGGUUGUCAGCGCCUACACGCCCGACUACUGCGGCACGCCGUGUCUUCAGGGCUACGCCUCGUACUUUGGCCUCCUCGCCCAGGGUCUGCCGCCUGUCAUGGCCGAUGAGCUGGUUGGCGCCCGCAACGCGUCGACCAUCAUCACCAUCGACAUCAACGUUCCGUUUGCCGACUCGGACGCCGUCCUCUACGCCCAGUUCCUGCAGCGCAAGCUGACCGAGCUCCGGCCUGCGGGCCCGUACGGCGUGGUCCUCAUCGGCCUGCCGGCCUUUAUGCCCCUCAUGCAGUCAUCGAUUGAGCGCGACAUGGGCCUCAUGGACGGCAUUGUUAUGCCGCUCGCCAUGCUUGUCCUUGCCUACAUCCUCAAGUCGGCGAGGCUCAUGGUCCUGCCGCUGGCCGCCAUCGCCACCUCGGCCCUUGUCUCGUUUGCCAUCAUGACUGGCGUGGCGCAGACGCUGGACAUCAUUUCGUUUGUGCCGUCGCUCAUGAUGUCUAUUCUCAUUGCCAUGAACAUCGACUACGAGCUCUUCCUCCUCACCCGCUAUGCCGAGGCUAUCCGCGCCGGCCACUCGUCGCACGACGCCGUCAUUGUCAUGCUCUCCACUGCUGGCCACACCAUUGUCGUCUCGGGUCUCACUCUCAUGGUCUGCUUCCUUGGCCUCGUCAUCUUCCCGCUCGACCUCAUGGUCUCGACUGGCGUCGGCUGCGCCGUCGCCAUCGCCAUCACCCUGCUCGUCAACAUGUCGCUCACGCCGGCGCUUCUCCUCACCUUUCCGAGCUUCUUCUCGCGCUGCAUCGAGCCGCUCUCGUGGCGCAGCGCCGGCCGGUUCUGGACCUCGCUUUGCGCUGCGUCGCGGAGCUCGAGCCCGCCGGCCCGCGGGAGCGACGCUGUUGUCGUUGCGCCGGCUGGCGUCCGCGCCAGCCUCCGCACCCCGACCCAGGGUGUUAGCCCAGCAAGCUCCACGCCGUCGUCGCCGCGCCGCCUCGCUACCUCGGGUCUUGCCGAGAACAAGCCGCUCCUUGCUACCCUCAAGGCCUUUGAGGCCUCACCGAAAGCCGUCGCCUCGCCCCCAAUCGGCGCCCGCCUUGUCGGGCCAUCGGCUCGCGGAGCUGGGCGCCAUCCUCUGCGUCCGGGCCUGAUCCCGGUCCCGUCGUCGGGCCUCGCCGCCUCGUCGCUCUCUGCCGUCGAGGCUGAGGAGCACCAUGCCUUUGUCAACUCGACCAAGGUCCGCCGCUCGCUCUGGUACAAGAUUGGCCACCUCACUCAGUCAUGGCCUUACAACGUCAUUAUCCUCAUCCUCGUCGUCGCCGCCACCAUCCCCUUUGAUAUGCACGCCCUCAACUACUCGCCGUCGGACGCCAUCGACCUCGACCUUCCGCGCGGUUCGAUAGUCACCGACGCCUACCUCGACAUGUGCGGUGAGUUUGGCUACGGCAAGGUCUAUCCCUACUGGAUCCUCAUCGAGGCGCCGGGCAACACCUCGGUGCUCUCGACGCCUUUUUUCAAAGCCGCACACGACGUCGUCAACACUCUCUCGCGGCUGCCCAACACCCAGCCGUCUGACUUUACCGGCGUCGCCUAUGCCAACGGCGAGGCCAUCCCCUACGCGCUCCUUGAAAUCUGCAACGACGCCGCCGGCGAGGCCUACAACUCGUCCGACUGUCGCGGCCUCCGCACUGCGCAGCAGACCUUUGUCUCCUCUGACGCUCACGCCAUGCUCUUUGAGUUUACUCCGCUCUUUGACCCCAUUUCGCGCUUUGGCCACACCUGGUACAAGGAGGCGCGCACCUCGCUCAACGGCCUCUCUGCAAAGCACGGCCUCGACUUUUACCUCGCCGGCAUGCCCGCCGGCUCGUGGUCCGCCAUUGAGUCGGCGUACUACUGGUUCCCCAUCAUGAUCUCCAUCACCGCAGGCGUCGUUCUCGUCAUGGUCGGCGUCGCCUUUCGCUCCGUUCUUAUGCCGCUUCGCGCCGUCCUCACCAUCGGUCUCACCAUCAUCUGUGUCUACGGCAUGGCCACCCUCACCUACGAGUACUCGCUCCUCGAGUGGACCCACAUCCCGGGCCUGCACUCGUUCGGCUCGAUCGAGUGGCUCCCACCUGUUGUCGUCUUCCCCAUCGUCGUUGGCAUCACCCUCGACUACGACAUCUUUUACACCACACGCGUCCAAGAGUACCGCUCCACUGGCCUCGCCACCCGCGAUGCCGCCAUCAAAGGCCUCUCGCGCACAGGCUCCAUCAUCACCGCCGCUGGCAUCAUCAUGGCAAUCGCCUUCUCGGGCCUCCUCCUCUCCAACGUCGCCGUCAUCAACCAGCUGGCCUUCUACCUCGUCUUUUCCGUCCUCUUCGAUACCUUUGUUGUCCGCACUUUCCUCGUCCCCUCUAUCAUGUCGUUCUUUGGCGACUGGAACUGGUGGCCCGGCCGCCUCGCCCCCAUCACCCUCGCCCCGCUCCCGCGCUCGCUCGCAGGCUGGAACCCUUGCUGCCCCUCAUGCCGCCGCAAGCCCACCGCCUCUUCCGUCGACGACUUUGGCAACGAUCUCCUCGAGCCGACCUCGGUCGGCGCAUAA